AUGGCCACGUGCUCUGCGUUCCUACCCUUCAAGAAGCUCAGGAGUGUUGGGGCUACAGACAGCAACGAGAUUGAUAUUUCGUCCUUCUGCUCGGUCCCAAGUGCUGCUGUUGAGUCGACCAUCAUCGAUUGCCAGGAGGAACAUGGACGGGAGUUCGCACGGGCGCACAACUCAGACGCGCAGUCAUCGUCCAAAAGCGACGACGACACGGCCUCGUGCUCGAGCCCUUGUGAUUCAAGGUACUUCGACCCCUACCUGAAGAAUGGACCCUCCCAUAAGUCCUUGUGGUUGAUCCCGACGAGAGCGGGUUACGGGGACUGGAUGGAGGAGGCGCUGGCGCAUGUGCAGCAGAAGCCAGAGUCGGAGCCUUCCCUCCGAUACUUGAGCGACUGCUCAGAGGCUGCAAGCUACAGGUCACAGGUGGAGAGCUCGGACGACCCGGACGAGUGCUCGGAGAGCCCCCACUGGAAGUUCGGCAGGAGCAACGUUGGCCGGUCGUUCAGCGACGUUGCUCCCCGCUUGGUAGGGUCCAAGGACAAGACAUCGAGGUCGCACACAGAGAACUCGAACGCGCAGGUGCAGAGCUUGAUCUGCGUGUCGAGAUACCCAAAGUUCUGCAUUCAUCCUACCUUCCUUCAAUUCCUUCCCCAGGACGCGCAGAGGGCUCUAGAGCGGCUUGACAGUGCCGUUUCGAGCUCGGAGAUGAAGGCCAACGCCAAGAAGAGGAUGAAAGAUCUCCUCCUCCUCCUCGUCCGACUGGCCGACGCCAACGUUCUGACCCUGGUGAAGAGCAAGAAUGACGAGGAGAACUCCAUGCUCGGCUUCGCUGAGAUCCACGUGCACGAGCUGCCAAGGUUCAACUCGGAUAUCCGCCUGAUGGUGCAGGAGGACAAGCAGCAUUGCUGGCUGGUCAAUGGCAAGGUUGACAUCAAGGAGCCGACGGGGCCCGUAUACGAGAUACUCCGACAGAUCGGAAUCCGACCAGUGAGGGGGAUGCGAGGGCCAAGGUUCUCAGACCCGGGCAAGCGAGACUUCAUGUACUCAUACAGGUACGCCUACGAUGAGGGGCUGAUGAAUCGCAACCGAGGCCGCCUUCAGCCGGGGUUCAUUGGAAAGAAUCAAAAACGACAACAUAUGGAAUGA